AAAUUCUUGGCUUUCCUUCUGUUUGGCAAAUACAUUGGAAAGAAGAAUGAGAAAUUUUUCUGGGUACCAGAAAUUGCUCCAUUGAUCUCUGUUAUCAUUUCCACCUUUUUUGUGUACAUUACGCGUGCAGAUAAGAAGGGUGUCCAAAUUGUGAACCAUAUAGAAAAAGGUAUCAAUCUGUCAUCAGUGGAUGAUAUAUAUUUCACCGGAAAGUACCUAGGGAAAGGUAUUAAGAUCGGUGUUGUGGCCGGAUUUAUAGCAUUAACGGAAGCUAUAGCAAUUGGGAGAACAUUUGCAUCCAUGAAGGACUAUCAAAUUGAUGGGAACAAAGAAAUGGUGGCACUAGGACUAAUGAAUGUUGUUGGUUCAAUGACUUCUUGCUAUGUGGCUACAGGUUCUUUCUCUCGCUCGGCUGUAAACUACAUGGCAGGCUGCCAAACUGCUGUCUCCAACAUUGUGAUGUCCUUUGUUGUUUUACUAACCUUAGAACUGAUCACACCUUUGUUUAAGUAUACCCAGAACGCCAUUCUUGCUUCUAUCAUUAUAUCUGCAGUGAUUGGCCUCAUCGACAUUGAGGCAGCUUUGCUCAUAUGGAAGAUCAAUAAAUUUGACUUUGUUGCUUGUAUGGGAGCCUUCUUUGGUGUAGUUUUUGUUUCUGUUGAGAUUGGACUCUUAAUUGCGGUUAGCAUAUCUUUCGCUAAAAUACUCCUACAAGUGACAAGGCCACGGACUGCAAUACUUGGAAAUAUACCUAGGACAACAGUCUACAGGAAUGUCCAACAAUAUCCAGAGGCAACCAAGGUUCCUGGGAUUUUGAUCGUGAGGGUUGAUUCAGCAAUAUAUUUUUCCAACUCCAACUAUGUUAAGGAGAGGAUCUUGCGGUGGCUAAUAGAUGAGGAUGAACAAUCAAAAACAAAUGAUCUACCAAGAAUCCAGUUCUUGCUAAUCGAGAUGUCACCUGUUACCGACAUUGACAUCCAUGCCUUGGAAGAGUUGUACCGGAGUCUCCAUAAGAGAGGUGUUCAACUUGUUAUAGCAAAUCCUGGGCCGGUGGUGAUAGAGAAGCUUCAUGCUUCAAAAUUUACAGAUUUGAUUGGCGAUAACCAUAUCUUCCUCACAGUCGCAGAUGCCGUGAUGACAUGUGCUCCAAAGAUGAAAGAAGAAGCCUGAUGAGAAGAUUUUGACCAUUGAUGCCUACCUACCUCGCCUCAACUCUUUUGUUUAGUCUAUCCAAUGCAUCUUGAUCUAAUUCUACGACCAAGAGCCUUCAAAAAGAAUCAAGAGGAGCCAUAAAGUGUAUAU